UUAGGCACAGGCUGUAAACAAACAUGGCGGACGAAAAGCAUGGUAAAACGCUGUUCGUGAGGAACUUGCCUUAUUCAACAACAAACGAAGACAUAGAAAAAAUAUUUUCAGACGUUGGACCAGUGAAAUCAUGUUUUGUUGUCAGCGACAAAGAAUCUGGAAAAUGUCGUGGAUUUGGCUAUGUGAAAUUCACCAUGCUGGAAGAUGCAGAAAAAGCUUUGAGCACAGUGAAGACAGUGAAUGGGAGAAAUGUCCACAUCAUCUAUGCCAACAAAAAGGAGAAGAAGAAGAGGUUUGGCGUACCUAGGUCUAAAGGAGGUGAGCAGGGCGAUGAACUUCUCGGCUUGGGAGACGGGGCGGCGACGGAGGACUCGAGGAAACGCAGACUCUUGCCGGAGAAACAGGAGAAGGAACAGGAGCCGGAGGAUUCACAAAUGGCGGCGACGACCCCAGCGGGCCCACAGGUCAAGGCGAAGAAGCCGAAAAUUGUGAAAGAGAAACCAGAGAAGGGAAAGAAGCAGACGCCGAACCCUAAAACAGAAGGAAAACGAGCUCGGCUCAUUGUCAGAAAUUUGGCUUUCAAGUGCUCCAAAGAACAAGUGUCUGAAGCUUUUUCAAAGCAUGGCAAUGUUAUAGACGUCCACAUUCCUAAAAAAGGCAAAGGUUCGAGACUGGGGUUUGCCUUUGUGCAGAUGUCCAACAAGGCGCAGGCUGGUAUGGCCAUGAAGGCCGUCAACGGCAGACCACUCAUGGGUCGCACUGUGGCUGUGGACUGGGCCCUGCCUAAAGACAAGUUUGAGUCACAGCUGGAAUCCAAAUCAACGACAGAGGAAGACAUGGAGGUGGAUGAUGGAACAGAAGAUGGCGCAGACUCGGAAGGAGAAGGGAAAGAAAGUGACGGUGAAGACAACAAAGACGACAGUGGAGAGGAUGACGAAAGUGAUGAAGGAAGCGAGGAGAGUGAAAAUGAAUCUGAGGAGGAGGAAGACGAAAGUGGUGAUGAGGAUGAUGAUGAUGAUGACGAGGAGGGGGACAGUGAGGAAGAGGAGAUUGAUAUGAAGCCAUCGAAGAACCUAGACCGACCAAGUGAUGUCUCAGAGGGCCGGACACUCUUUAUCAGAAACUUGCCGUUCUCAGUUGAAGAAGAAGAUGUGGAAGAGUUCUUCUCCCAGUUUGGAGACGUCAAUUAUGCCAAGCUUGUGAUUGAUCACGCCACUGGUGUCCCUAAAGGUUCUGCAUUUGUCCAGUACAAAUCUAAAGAGAGUGCGGACUCGUGCCUGGAAGCGUCGGAUUCCUCAGGGAAGGGUGAUUCUGGCUUGACCAUAGGUGGACGCGACCUCUAUGUGACCCUGGCUGUGACUCGGCAAAGAGCAGGGGAGAUCAUUGGCAAGAAAGACGAGAAAAAAGAACAGAAGGACACCAGGAAUCUUUACCUGGCUCGAGAAGGAAUGAUCCGGCCGGGCACAGAGGGAGCCAAAGAUGUACCGGCAGCAGACCUCGCUAAAAGAGCCAAGAUCGACUCGGCCAAGAGGAAAAAGUUGAGGGACCAGAACGUGUUUGUGUCCUCGGUCCGUCUGUGUCUCCACAAUCUGCCCACGACCGUCACGGACAAACAGCUGAGAGUUGUCUGCCUCAAGGCCGCCGGCGACAGGCAGGCUAGGGUCACAGAGUGUCGCGUCAUGCGGGACCUCGACCGAGUGAACGCCCAGGGCGUGGGCAAGUCUCGGGGCUACGCAUUCUGCGCCUUCAGCGAACACCAGCACGCUCUGGCGGCCCUGCGACACCUCAACAACAACUCCACCGUCUUUGGGGACAAAAAGCGGCCAAUUGUCGAGUUUUCUUUGGAAAAUCGCAAAGCUCUGGAGGCAAAAGAGAAAAGGCUGGAAAAGUCCAGGUUGAGGCAGAAGCAGAAACCGAAGCAGAGAGAUGGACAGGAGAAUGGAACGGCGCCGGAAAAUUCCUCAGGUGCCGCCAAGAAAAAGAGGCGAAACAGGAAGUCUCAGGCCAAGGACGCCAAGCCUUUGACCACGAGGAAGCAACAGGACCAGGUGGCCAGGUCUUUGCACCAGGGUCCCCUGGGUCUUCCGUCGCACUCCGGCCCCAAGCAACGACACAAACCGCGGCCGGGGGCGCAGGGCAAAGGUCGAGGUGAGGGGAGGAAUCAGAACAGGAUGCAGCCUCGAGGAGGACAGCCGGCAAACAGAAGAGCCGCUGAAGGGAACAGGAAGGAGGAGCGACAGUCGAUGAAGAUGAUGAAGUCUGGCAAGAAGAGAAGGGACGUGGACAGCUUUGAUCGUCUGGUCGCUUCCUACAAGCAGAAAAUCAUGGCCUCUGUCAAGUUGUAGCUGUUGUGUGAUGUAGGAAUGGCUGUGUGAGUGGCCGUGUGAGAGAUUGUGUGAGUGGCCGUGUAAGUGACUGUGUGAAAGACUGAUUGAAAAAUUGCAGCCAUGCUUGACACCUCAUUGUGAGCGCCAAGAAAUUUAAAAAGUAGAACACGGUAAAUGACUCUAAAAAACAAAGUGAAAGGAUCUGGCCUCUCUUGCUUACAGUGAACGAGGAGGAAAAGGGACGGACUGGCUUUGAAGAACGAUAUAUAUUGUACUCUACUUUUUUUCAUCAAUUGGUGUUUAUCUGCUAGUGUUACGCCUGACAGCACUCUGAAGUGUACAUCUUUAUCUUGUGUGUUAGAAUAAUCAAAGGACUUGAAGAAAGCUCAAUGUUGGGACAGAUAUAGUAAACUAUUACGUGUCAUGUACCUCAAAUUUGCAAUUUUUCAACAUGCAGUGUGUCUGUGAGCUGACCUGACCAUCAAUGAUAUAUUUAUAGAGGGUGUGUGUGAGCUCUAAAGCAAAAGGCGGGAGUACAGUCGUGAGGAUGUCGGCGAGGCGGGAGUCUUGAUCGUUGAGGGUAGACCUACUCCAAAGAUCGUAUGUAACAAGAUAGUUCACUCCUCUUUUUGAGUUUGAGCCAAUUAAAAUAGUGUCCUCAAAAUCCGAUGGCACCUUCUUCGAAAAAGUGCGGACUUCGCGAACAGAGUUAUCCUACUUGUGUGAAAAACAAUAAAAGUGAAACUAGCAAACUGUGCUAUUCCUAUUCUUCUUCUAGAGAAACGAAAGAGAGCUUCAAAACAAUGACUACAGCACCAUUUGAACCAAUAAUGUGCGGACACUUUUUUGGCAGAGAGAACUAUCUUGUUAUGUACGAUCUUUGCCUACACUUACCUAGCAAAGUGCAAACUAAGAGUAAUAUUUUGCAAAUGUCUUCCUGUCAGAAUGUUUGUGCUGAUUUAGUGUUGAAAGACGUGCAUGAUUGAGUAUACUUGUUUGAGCUCUUGAACAGCAAAGCUGUUUGUUUGUUUGUUGUAAAUAAAGAUUAUCUUAAUUGAC